GCUCAUCUAUUCUUUUAUUCAUCAACAAACACCAUAUAAUUCUGCCACCAUCUCCUCCCUCCUCUAUAUUUAUGCUGCUGCUACUGCUGCAUCAACACACUCAAUAACUUCGCUGCCUCCGCCGCAUUUCUGCUGCUGCAUUUUACUGCCUUUCCCCCCAGAGAGCGAGUGAGGAGAAGGAGGUGCUCCAAGUAGAUCCAGAAGAUGUUGAAAUCGAUAAGAAUGAAUGUUGUGGUUUGCAGCGCUCUGCUGUUGCUCUGUUUCGCAGCAUCAGCCAACGGACAGAAAAAGAGCCCCGCGCCGGCGGCUCCGACUCCGGUGCCGGCGCCGGCGCCGGCACCGGCUACCGAUUACGUUAACCUAGCUGAUCUGCUAUCGGUGGCGGGGCCGUUCCACAUUUUCCUGAAAUACCUGGAGUCGACGAAGCUGAUCGACACAUUCCAAGACCAAGCCAACAAAACCGAGGAAGGAAUCACUCUCUUCGUCCCCAAAGAUGAGGCGUUUUCAUCCAUCAGAAAGCCAGCUUCUCUCUCCAAUCUCACGCAGGACCAGCUCAAAUCCGUCAUCUCCUUCCACGCCAUCCCGCAUUACUACUCCCUCUCCGAUUUCCGGAACCUCAGCCUCAACAACCCCAUCCCCACCUUCGCCGGCGGCCCCAAUUUCGGCCUCAAUUUCACCGACAACGCCGGCACCAUCCGCAUCGACUCCGGAUGGACCAGCACCAAGGUCAUCAGCGCCGUCCACGCUGCGGAUCCCGUCGCAAUCUACGAGACCGAUAAAGUCCUCCUCCCCACAGCGAUAUUCGGCACCGACAUUCCACCGCUGCCCCCGGCUCCGGCUCCAGCUCCUGCAGCUGAAGCCCCGGCCGCAGACACGCCCUCCGCUGCCUCGGAUAAAGGCUCUUCAUCUUCAUCCUCCUCAUCGCACUCCAAUUCUGCGGCGACGAGUGUUGUUCACGGCCAUCUCGUGGCGGUUAUUGUUGGUGUGGUGCUGAUGUUGUUGUGCCGCUGAUGAUGAUGAUCUGGAUUGAUUGUGUCAAUUGGUUAAUUUCUGUGUUUGCAUUUUGAUUAUUGAGUUAAUUUAAUUGCUAUGGAUCACUGCAUACCAAUUUUUCCGAUUAGCUAUUCAUUAUCAUACAUGUUAUUGUUAUGUAUAUGAUUCCCCUCAUGUACGUAUGUAUACUUUGUUGCCAGAGAUCGAUUCUAUCAAUUGCAUUUUAUUAGUUCUGUUGCCGGA